AGAAUGUUGGAUUAGAGAGAAAAAGUAUUGAGAGUAUGGCCGCAGGGUAAAAGGAAUCUUGUUAAAUCGAUGUUAGGGUCCCUAACGAUAUCAAAUAUCGUCGAUAUGGGAUAUCCGAUGAUGAUGAAAUGAUCGCAAAUGGAAUCGGGUCGAGCUUUGAGUUCGCAAGCUUACUCCUCGCAAACGAUAAGAAUUUUGUACGAGAGUAAGGUCAGUCACCUCGGUGGCAGCGUUAUCGAGCGGGUCAGUGGGUCGCAGAAGCAUGGAGCAGUUACCCCCCUUUGCCUCUUAACGCCCACUCCCCACCUAGUCACUCUACUCGAAUCCACCGCCUCAUCCUGGUUCCUACUAACGGCAGCACCCUCUCUAAACCAUUUCGUGAGAAAGAGAGAGAGAGAGAGAGAUUUUCUCGUAGUAAGAAAGAGGGUAACGAUUACUGGAAUAGACUGAAUAUUGCUGAGUUAUCUGAGUUUUUCAAGGAAUCUCGUACGAGAAAACUCAUUAAAGAAAAAUAAAGCUGGAAAUCUGACGAACUUCGACCGUUUUUCUCUUUAACAUUUUCCUUCCAAAAUUCUAAUUUAAUCAAAUAAUUGAACGUGAGUAGAAAAAUUUCCUAGAGAUCGACGUAGGAACAGAAAGGUUCAAUACAAGAUCCGAAUUCGAAUUUCUUUCUUAUUCUUAGGAAUCGUCGAUAUCGUGUUAUCGUCGAAAAAUUGUUUCGUAUGAUCCAUGAUAUAACUUAACUCCAGAAAUUGAAGGAUCAUGAUGAUUAAACAUCAAUCAUGAAUUCUUGAAAAAUACGCGCGUAACUCGUUAGAAAGAAAGGAGUCGUACGAACGAAUGAACGAACAUACGUAUCGUCCAUCUUAUAAAUAUCUUUUUUCAAAUAUUUGCGUUAGUAGGCCGUGUUGUAUAGACGCAACGCAUUGGGGUUGAAUGCGUAGAAGGGAGAAAAAGUAGGAGGGAGGUGAAGGUGACUAAGGUGGGAAAGGGAGGAUGGUAAAAUAAAAUGUACGAUGUCGUUGAAAUCUCAAUGCCGACAUUCAUUGGGACAAAGAGCGCGGUGUUCCUACCUCCGGAUAUAUUACGAGCGUAGAUUGAAGAAAGAGAGAGGGAAAGAAAGAUAGAGAAUGAAAACGGGAGAGGAAAAAAAGAAAGAGAGGAAGAGAGAGGGAGAGAGAGAAAGAGAGAAAAUGAUAAAGAGGGAGGUUGGUGGAUUUCUCGAUGGAGUCCAACACGAUCCGUACAGGUAAGGGGUGAGGGCAGUGGAUGUCGUCGUCGUCGUUCGAACGUCGUCGUUGUACUCGGUUCUUUCUCUCUCUCUCUCUCUCUCCCUCUGCCUCUCUCUCUCUUUUUCUCUCAUUCUCUAACUAUCUAUAUAGAACGAAAGCUCUCUCGUAGCCAGUGCGCUUGUGCAAGAAGCUCAAGUCUGCCCGGGAAGAGACCUCCCGGCUAGCCUCAGUCUCCGGGAUGCUGGGGGCGGCGAUCGUGAUUCUACCCCCAUUUCAUCGUGUUCUGAUAACAUAGAGUCUGUCUCACUCGUUCGCUCGCUCGCUCACUCACUCACUCUUACUCUCUCUCUUUCUCUCUCUCUCUCUCUCUCUCUCUCUCUCUCUCUAUCUCUCUCUUUCUCCGUCGUUCUAUCCUCGCGCAUUCGCUUGACUUUAUCCCUAUUUCUCUCACUCUCUCCUAGCAUUCUCUCUCUCUCUAUUUUCAUCCCUUCCGUAUAUAUCCUUCUCUCUCUCUCUCUCUCUCUCUCUCUCUCUGCUUCCAAUUCUGUGUCCCCUUGCGUGGUCUAUCCCUUCUCCGUCUCUACGCUUCACACCCUUUUCCUCCGCCGAAGCCUGGGUGCAGUCACCGCGAGUACCUUCAACUAACCACCUCCAGCAGAUAAGAAGGCAAUUUGCACGAUGGACGGUGGCGGAGAUUGUAAAGUCGCCACCGUGGAAGUUGAGGCGGCAGCCGCGGGUGACAACACGGCAACUCUUCCGGUCACGAGGCCUUUAAAUCCGCAAAAUUCGCCGCCUAACGCGCAGGACAACGCAGAGAAGAACAACGCGGCUAAUAAAGAAAUGGAGCUGAAGAAUGUACGAUCUACGCCAGCGAAAAAAACGUCGCUCUUCAUCAUCAUGAGCUUCAUUUAUGCGAAGUUACUGGUCGUGGUGUGCAUUGCUUAUGUUAUAAGCGAAGUUGUAACGCACAAAUUGCCGCUCUACUAUUAUGAAGGAUUUUUCACGUAUCUCUACGGUGCGAGCAUACUCUUCCUUCUCUACGUAUUCUGCUUCCUACUUCAAGAGAGCGCCUGCUGUGCGCGCGGCAGUGAUACACCGCCACCACCACCGAGGCCACCUAAACCUCCGAAGGAGCAGAAGGAUAAGAAGGACAAGAAGGAUAAAGAUCAAAAAGCUGCAAAGAAUAAGAAGGAUUUUCAGGAUGCUGCAGACGUGGAAGCUGGCGUUGCAACGCGCGCAUUGCGAAAACGAAAAACUUCUCAGAACGAUCACAGUCACGGAAGUUUUUUCCUUCGAAUCGGUGCCAUAGCAUUUGGUUUGGGUACAAUGAUCUACAAUGGAUUGGAAUUCGGAGCAUUUUUUGAGGUACCACCGACUUCACCGUGUUAUCAAAUACUUCAGGGUGUCAAUCCUGUUCUUCAAAUGAUCUUCACGUUCAUGCAAAUGUACUUCAUCUUUAUGAAUUCCAGGUUAAACAUUCAUCGAUUCAAAGUAAUUGCACGAUUUGGUUUGAUGCACGUCGUCGCUACGAAUCUUUGCGUUUGGAUAAGAACAUUGGUACUUGAGAGUCUCAAAGAAAUCACCCAGUAUCAUCAACGAUUGGGACAAGAGGAGGCCGGAAUUUUAGAGAGUAUAAAACAACAUUCGUUGAGAAAUGCUGGAGCAAUCUUAGGUACAGAACCUAGAGACAUGGCCCAGUUACGGGACACGCCGUUGCAUUCGAUUGUCAAAACAACGUCGGUAGCUUCGACCUUGAUACCGACAACAGCAGAAUCUCUUACACGAGCGAUGAGAACCACUGUCAAAGCAAUCCCAAGAGUAGCGAGUACUUUAUCUACGGCAGCUUCUACGGCCUUCAUGACCUCACCAUCUGCGACACAGAGUACUACAACUACCACGACCACAACGACAACGUUUUUGCCCAAUUUGACGACUACAGCCGCUACUACGUUAUCCACUUUGUUGACUACUUUGACUACGAGAAGUACCACUACCGAAAGAACGAUUACACCGAGUACAACGCCAUCCACUACUACACCGACGACUACGACCACUACUACUACAACAACGACUACACCAGCUUCCAUUUUGUCGAAUGCUUUCGGUGAUAUCUUUGAUUCAUUUCAGGCUGACACCAAAGAUCAGGUACACGAAGUAUUUUAUGUUAGCAAUACGACGAACACAAGCGAUUACUGGAGCCAGAAUCUUGGCUUUUAUGCGGAAGCUUUGACAGAGGAUGGCACGAUAACAAACUCAUGUGGUCGCGUCAACAUCAUGGGUACUAUCGUUCAAGAUGCAGCACCCUACUUGUUCCCCUUCAUUAUCGAGUAUAGCCUGAUCGGUGCCGCUGUGAUAUACGUCAUGUGGAAACACAUCGGUAGACACCCGCGUUGGCCUCAUCAAGCGGAAGCCGAUCUCGAGCGUCGUCUGGAAGUCAUGCUUUCGAGAAGGGCAGUAGCCCUGGCACAUGCAGGACACGCCAGAGUGGACUGCGUCGGGGCAAGCAAGGGUCUAUUCUUUGGUCUGCUGCUACUGGUCGGUUCGUUGAUCUGUCUGAUACUCUUCUUCGUCCUGAUACAUCACUCCGAGCUUGGACUUUUGGCGAUUUAUCUGGCUGACGUUUCCCACUGCGUUUUGAUGGCUCUAUCGAUCGUCGCUAUUAUCGUCGGUUUCAUACGUGUCCAAAGUCUCAAGUUCAAGGCCGAAGAACAGAGCGAUUUGAAUGACAUACUUUUACGUGUCUCAGCUUUUGGACUCUUCGUUUAUGCCGUUUUCAGUGUGAUCGCUGGUUCCUUGGCGGCAUUUACCCACGAACCGAAUCUUUUGGUGAUGGUUACUGGCCUUCUCUCGGUAGCCCAGGUUGUCCUUCAGAUGUUAUUCAUCGCCGAUGUCUCACGUAGGCGGGUACACCUACCUGAACACGAUCGCAGCAAGCCAGGACGUCAAGUGGUCACCUUCCUUCUCAUUUGCAACGUAACCAUGUGGGUCAUUUAUACCUUCGAGAUGCAAAAGGUCAUCGCUAAUCCCGUACAACUUGACUUUUAUGGAUUCCUCGCUUGGGCUAUCGUUCAGAGAGUUACAUUACCUCUCUGCAUAUUUCACAGGUUCCAUAGCGCCGUAACGCUCGCUGAAAUCUGGAAAACAAGCUACAAGGCACGCCUCGAGUAAAUUAUUGAGAAAUAAAACGUUUCUCGAUGUGUCCUUAUAAUUGUCAGCUAGAGAAAGAAGAAGGAAAGAGAGAGAGAGAGAGAGAUAAAGUGAAAGAGAGAGAGUGACAGAGAGACAGACAGACAGAGAGAGAAUAUUUAGAAAGAAAUUGAUAAAGAGAGAGAGAGAGAGAGAG